AUGCCGAAGAAGCGCGACAUCCACCCGGAACUCGGGUCUGGCGGCAGCCCCCUACGUCAGCCGGCUCACUCGCUAACGUACGAAGCGGUGAUCAAGGAACUCAACACUGGGCUGGAUGAAGGUCUCAACCCUGACGAAGCUAGUCGUCGUCUCCAGCAGUAUGGCCCAAAUAAACUGGACGAAGGCGAGGGCCUGUCGGUGGUCAAGAUUCUCGUUCGCCAGGUGGCUAACGCAAUGAUGCUAGUGCUGAUCCUGGCCAUGGCGGUCAGUUUCGGAAUCCAGUCGUGGAUUGAGGGCGGAGUGAUCUGUGCUGUUAUUGUCUUGAAUAUUGUUGUUGGGUUCUUCCAGGAGUACGCCGCGGAAAAGACUAUGGAGUCCUUACAUUCACUGUCAUCGCCGACAGGGACUGUCUCGAGAGGUGGACAGACGUUCUCGGUACCGUCGUCGGAGAUCGUGCCAGGUGACAUGGUCGAGUUGAGGACCGGGGAUGUCGUUCCAGCGGAUAUUCGGCUGGUUGAGGCGGUCAAUUUCGAAACCGACGAGGCUCUCCUCACAGGCGAGUCACUUCCCGUCCAGAAGGAAUGCGACUCGAUUUUUAAAGAGGAUACCGGUCCUGGAGAUCGUCUAAAUAUGGCUUAUAGCUCGAGUACCGUCACUCGUGGCCGUGGUCGUGGUGUUGUCAUCAGUACCGGCAUGUUCACAGAAAUUGGUUCCAUUGCCCUUGCAUUGCGGGCCAGCGGCAGCAAGCGCCGUCCCGUCAAGCGUGGUCCCGAUGGCGAGGCCAAAAAACGAUGGUACGUUCAGGCCUGGACUCUCACCGGAACGGAUGCCGUGGGCCGUUUCCUCGGUGUCAAUACUGGAACGCCCUUACAAAGAAAGCUGUCCAAGCUGGCCUGUUUACUAUUUGGAGUGGCUAUUGUCUUUGCUAUUGUUUGUAUGGCUGCAAACCUCUUCAGCAGCAACACCGAAGUCAUCAUGUAUGCUGUUGCAACUGGUAUUAGUAUGAUUCCAGCGUGUCUGGUGGUCGUGCUUACCAUCACUAUGGCAGUUGGUACCAAGCGCAUGGCCCAGCGGAACGUAAUUGUUCGCAAAUUAGACUCGUUGGAAGCUCUCGGCGCGGUCACAGAUAUCUGCUCCGAUAAGACCGGUACUUUGACUCAGGGCAAGAUGGUAGUCAAAAAAGCAUGGAUUCCGUCUCGAGGAACGUACUCCGUUGGCACAUCCAACGAGCCCUUUAAUCCUACCGUUGGAGAUGUCACCUUCACCCCUGUCUCUCCUUUGCAAUUUAGUGAUGAGAAGGAAGGUAGCUCUGCGGAAAAUGCAGAGAGUCUGGUUUCGGGAAAUCGCCAGCUCGAGGACUUUCUGAACGUUGCCUCUAUGGCCAAUCUGUCUCAUGUGUACAAGUCUGAAGUGGGUGAAUGGAAUGCGAGGGGUGAGCCCACGGAAAUUGCUAUUCAAGUCUUCGCCUCGAGGUUCAAUUGGAACCGAGACCGCUGGACCAAGGGUCAGGGUGCAGCGUGGCAUCAAAAGGCUGAAUUCCCAUUCGACUCGACCGUCAAGAAAAUGUCGGUGAUAUUCAGCAAGGCGACUACCAAAGACAGCUGCACAAUGGUGUUUACCAAGGGUGCUGUCGAGCGCGUCAUAGAUUCGUGCACCUCGGUGAUUUGGGACCAGGAUUCGUCGACCGCUGUGCCAAUGACCGACGACCACCGCCAAACAAUCCUUCAGAAUAUGGAGGAACUCGCCAAGAUGGGACUUCGAGUAUUGGCUCUGGCCCAUCGACCGUAUACUGAGCAAGCGCAACUGCUUGAAGAUUCCAACAUGGAACGUGAAGAUGUCGAGAACGAUCUGUGCUUCCUAGGCCUGAUUGGCUUGUAUGAUCCUCCGCGUCCUGAAACAGCGGGCUCGAUACAGGCCUGCCGUCGAGCUGGUAUAACGGUCCACAUGGUUACUGGAGAUCACCCUGGAACGGCCAAAGCGAUUGCACAGCAAGUGGGGAUCCUUCCUGCUGAUUUCAGUACUGUGGCAGCUGAUGUCGCGGACGCCAUGGUCAUGACUGCGAGUCAAUUCGACAAACUCACUGAUGAACAGGUAGAUGCGCUUCCGACUUUGCCUUUGGUCAUUGCACGCUGUGCGCCGCUGACGAAGGUACGCAUGAUCGACGCCCUUCAUCGUCGUGGUCGUUUCGCAGCAAUGACGGGAGACGGGGUGAAUGAUUCUCCUUCGCUCAAGCAUGCCGACGUUGGUAUCGCCAUGGGACAGGCAGGGUCGGAUGUGGCCAAAGAUGCGUCUGAUAUUAUCCUCACGGAUGACAAUUUUGCCUCGAUCCUUAAUGCCGUCGAAGAGGGCCGUCGUAUCUUUGAUAAUAUUCAGAAAUUCGUGCUUCAUCUCUUGUCCGAGAACAUCGCUCAGGCCGGUACCUUGCUUAUCGGACUGGCUUUCAAAGACGCUGAUAACCAGUCGGUUUUCCCUCUCUCCCCCGUGGAAAUCCUUUGGAUUAUCAUGAUUACAUCGGGCAUGCCUGACAUGGGACUUGGCAUGGAGGUAGCCGCCCCCGACAUCAUGGAUCGCCCUCCCCAGAGUAAGCAAGGCAUAUUCACUUGGGAGGUCAUAAUCGAUAUCCUGGUAUAUGGAAUUUGGACUGCGGCGCUCUGCUUGGCAGCAUUCUCGAUCCGUCUGUGGGGGUUCGGCGAUGGCAACCUGGCCCGCGGCUGCAAUCAGGAGUGGUCAGAGGAGAUCAAAGACUGCGAACUCGUCUUCCGAGCACGAGCCACCACGUUUGUGUGUCUGACUUGGUUUGCACUAUUCCUGGCGUGGGAAAUGGUCAACUUACGUCGAUCGUUCUUCCGCAUGCAGCCAACUUCCAAGAGAUAUUUUACUCAAUGGAUGCACGACGUCUGGCGGAACAAGUUCCUUUUCUGGUCCAUCAUGGCGGGUUGGAUUACCAUGUUUCCCAUCCUUUACAUCCCUGUGCUCAACGACGUCGUUUUCAAACACAAGCCCAUCACCUGGGAAUGGGGCAUCGUGGCGGUAGAGGCUGUGUUGUUCUUCAUCGGCGUUGAAGGCUGGAAAUGGGUCAAGCGAGUAUUCUUCCGCCGUCGGGCCAGAAAGCAUCCGACUUGGAGUCCGGUGGCAGACGCCCCUAUGGGACCCUAA